AUGGAAGAGAAAAAGAUAACACACUACAGCAGCACUCAUAGGAUCUUACUAGUGGGAGAGGGAGAUUUCUCAUUCUCACUAUGUUUGGCAAGGGCAUUUGGCACAGCUUCUAAUAUGGUUGCUACCUCUUUAGAUUCUAAAGAUUCUUUAAUGAUGAAUUAUGAAAAUGCCUUAAGCAACUUGAUUGAACUUGAGACUCUUGGUUGCACCAUUGUGCAUGAAGUGGACGUCCACACAAUGAGAGAACACCCACUUCUUGAACAUGAACGUUUUGACCGCAUAAUUUAUAAUUUUCCUCAUGCUGGUUUCAAUGGUCGUGAAAGUAAUGCCUCAGUGAUUAUGCUUCACCAGGAUUUAGUUAGUGGAUUUCUGAAAAAUGCUAAAUGCUUG